AUGAGCAACAAUAUUAUCACACCUGUCGAUGGGUCUAGUGGGAGUGUAACUGACAGCAAAGCACCAAUCCCCAAGUCCAAACCAGCUGUAAAACAACACUCUGAGUUCUUCUUUGAUAACACCCUUGUGGCGAUUCAGGUGGAAGACACCCUUUUCAAUGUCCACAAGUAUCAGCUACUCAAAUCCGAAACCUUCUCCGACAUGUUCAAGGCCCCUAAAGCUGAAGAUGGUGGACCAGAAGAGGGAUCUUCGCCCGAGUGCCCCAUAAUUAUGGACGGUGUGAAUGCAUCGGAUUUUGUUGCGCUUCUCAAGGUCCUCUACGCCAGAAAUCCCAUCAUAUUCCCCAGCCAUUUCUCAACCCAUCAGCCAGAGCCCGAAGCAUCGCUCAUAAUUCCUGCAUUUCGCUUGGCUAAUAUGUGGAACUUUGCUGAUCUUCGUACCUUUCUAUUGCCCCUCGCCGAAAAGCACCUGUCCGACAUCGACAAGAUUUUAUUUGCUAGAGAAUUCGAUAUAAAAGAUUGGCUGGCGCCUGCACACAUACGACUUUGUGAGCGCCAGGAGAAGCUGACCACCGAGGAAGCAAGGAAGCUUGGUGUCGACAGUAUCUUAUUAGUUGCAAGGUUAGGGGCGCAAGGUUCUACGAAGUCUGUAUUGAACCCAGGGUACUAUUGCUCAGGUUGCAGUGAUUUUACAGUUUUCUACCUCGCACUUCUCCAAAUGUCCGCCGUCAAAGUCAUCGCUGUUGCUGGAGCAACCGGUUACGUUGGAAGGCCAGUUGUCGACGAGUUGCUUAAAGCUGGAACUUUCCAAGUCCGCGUACUCACUAGAAAGUCGGGGGUUGAUGGAUCAGUAGUCCAAGAUUUCAAGGCUCGCGGAGCUUCUGUGCAUGGUGUUUCAUAUGAGGAUGAAGAGGAGCUAAAGGAUGUCCUGAAGGGUGUCGAUGUUGUCCUUUCUACCCUCAAUGCUGGGGGGAUCACGGGUGCUCAGCCCAAUUUGCUUCGCGCAUCUAAAAAAGCAGGAGUAAAACUUUUCAUGCCUAGUGAAUUCGGGGAUCCAUUCGAAGGAGAGGAAGAAGCAGAGAUAUUCCGUGCAAAGCGUGAUUUGCACAAACUAGCGAAGGAACUCGAGGUUCCGAUUACAGUGAUUCUGACAGGCUUGUUCCCUGAUUACUGCUUGGUCCCAGUAAUGGGAUGGAACUUCGAGGCAAAGGCUGUUGACAUUUGGGGGACCGGAGACGAAAAGAUUACAUGGACAACAAUGCCCGAUAUCGCACGAUAUGUAGCGUACGUGCUGGGCCACACCCCUCUUACCGGGCUUCAGGAUCAAGUUUUGGGGAUCCAAGGCGACCUCAAAACAGCCAAUGAAGUUGUUGCUCUUUGGGAGGACAAACACAAGACCAAGUUACAAGUUACGUAUCAUCCGAUCCAGGAGCUGCAUGACCGCAUCGCCGCAAACCCAGGAGACGUAUUAGGAGCUGUGAUGAGGGAAACUGCUUCGGGAAGAAGCCGAGUGCCCGAGCCCCUCUCCAAUGAUCUCUAUCCGGGCUGGAACCCUAAGCCUAUUGUAGAUGUCCUAUAA